AUGACGGGCCAUGAUUUCGCUCGCUGCGAAGCUGCUUCAUUAUUUGUUAAGACUUCGCUUCAGCUUUCUGGUUUCCUGCCUAAUGACAGUAAAUCGAUUUGGCAACCAACUUCUUGUUUAGUCUGGUUGGGUUAUUGUGUUGAUUUAGCCGUUCAUACUAUUUCCAUUCCUUCAGUUAGGAUUCUCAGUGUCAGUAUCAUCUAGUACUGCUAGAAAAUUGGCUCAGUUUGUUGGUAAGGUUAUCUCUAUGGGUUUCGUCUUUGGUAACAUUACUCGUAUUAUGACAAGGUAUUCUCAUUUUGAUAUUUUAAGAAGCCCUACAUGGGACGAAAAAAUUUCCCUGUCUGGUUCAACUCUGAAGAAAUUAUGUUUUCGGAAAGAGAACAUUCCUUCCCUAAAUAGUAGACGCCUCUCGUCUACACAGUUCCAUUAUUCCCGUGUGUGUUAUUGCGAUGCGACUUCUACAGGCUGCGCCAGUUAUAUGUUAGAUCUUCACAACACCAUUUCUCACAAGUUGUGGAGUGUUGAUGAGGCGCAGAAGAGCUCCUCUUACAGGGAACUUAAGGCCGUUUCCCUGGGUCUAG